AUGCCUGGAAGUUCAUUUCUUAGUAACAGUAUUAUGCAAUAUUAUACUUCAAGUACAAUUUGUUCGUGCGAUGAUGAUAUUGAUUGUACGUUACAAGCUAAAUUUUACAACUUCUCGGGCUAUAAUGCGGCAAAUGAUGCGUCAAUUUCGACAAUGACUCCGCAAUUAUCGGUAUUAUUCACUAUACCGGGUCUGAUGAUUGGCUGCUUACCUUACAAUUCAUUGCUACUAUCAACACUCGAAUGCUUCUAUGAUUCGUCCUGCAUAGAGCAAAUGCGAAACUACAUUCCUAGCUUUUCGACAGUUUCACCAUUAUCAUCGUCUCGGUUUAAUUCUAGUACGAAAGUGAACACGCUUUUAGAUCAACUCUUCGUUGAAGUAUGGAAUGCAGAGCAUAACUUCUCUGCUUAUUAUAAAGUCUGUUCACCAUCGUCAUGUACCUAUUCAUAUGAACGACGAUUGAAUAUAUUGUAUGCUAUUGUGACAGUAAUUAGUCUUCUUGGUGGUCUCAAUAUGAUUAUGUACAUCUCUGCACCAAUCAUCACUCGAAUCAUUCGACGAAUAACAACAAUCGAAAUGCUGUUCUACGACAGGCGAUCGGAUCCCAUCGAUGGAUUAUAUUCUACACGUCUGUAUUUUCUAUUACUACUCAUUGGAAUCGUUGUUUUACUCUUUUGCACAUCAUUCUUUCCUCAAUUGUACACGGUCACUGUCAAUCAACCAUCAAUAGAUAAGUGUAAACAGUUAUCUAGACGAGACUUUACAACACUUAUCUGCCCAUGCACUCAUCUAUCUGUACCCUACUCAUCGAUUAUAGAUCUUAACGUUCGUUAUCAUCAAGUGUGCACUAGUGACUUCAUUAAAAACGACGGUUGGAUGCUGUACUUCAAUAAACGCUCCACACCUCUUUACACUCUCGAUUUUCGUGUUCAAGGUGGAUCUUUAUUCGCCGUUCUUCAAAUAUUAUGUCAAAUGUCUAACGAGACAGUUACCAAUGAACUAACUACCUUUAAUAACAUGCAAUUUGUCGGUACUCAUGUAUUGUCCAAUGAUGUAUUCAAUGAACAGAUCUAUUCGCUCAUUCAGCAAUUUCAACAACAGACUAUGAAAUCAUUUCUCGAUCUCUUUAAACAAAUCCAAACUUCUAUUCAACUGAAUCAGUUCAUCAUUCAUGGUCAGACUAACGCUGUGUUACGGUAUACGGGCACUCCCUAUAAUAGAACUUGGUUUUUUGCAUCAGUCAAUACUUAUGAUAAUAAUUGUUCUUGUGGUUUAAGUGCUCUUUGUACACGACCUCAAGGAUUCUACUGCACGACGGAUAGUUGUAAACUAAAUACCAUUCGACCGAAUCAAACUAUUCCUGGCUUCGUUCUUAGUUGUCUACCGGUAGAUUCACUUCUUUUUUCGUCCCUUCAAUGUCUCUAUAAUGCAUCAUGUAUCCAAAUGCUCAUUCAGUGGAAAUCGUUUGGAACUGCAAACUCCACUAUCGAUCCACGUGUUAUCAACGUUAUUCCACUUGAUAUUUCGGUAAACAGUCGUUUCGCACUUGAUGUUACAGUGAAUAAUAUUGCCUCACAGCUAUUUAUUGAGGAAUGGAUAAAUGCGACAAAUUACAGUUCUUAUUAUCAACAGUGUGCACCACAGAAAUGUACGUACACUUAUAUGCAGCGAUUCAAUCAUGCCUAUGUUAUUGCACGUGUACUUGGUAUCAUAGGCGGUCUUAGUGUUGCUCUUAGAAUUCUCACUCCUCUAGUUGUCAAAGUGAUUCGACGAACACAUCAUUUCUGUCGCACGUGUAGGGAUACCGAGGACGAUGUCACUGUAGAGAGAAGUAUGCGCCGUAAGUUAUCAGCUGUGGCUGUUCAACUUCAAUAUUCGGUCCGGAAAAUGAACUUCUAUCAGGAGCGACUCAAACAUCAUCCAUCUCAAGAAUUAUCAGCCGUUGAUCAAAUGAGACUUAACCAUCGCCUACAGAUAGCUUCUCGUGUCUAUGUCAUUUCCUUUGUCAUAACAUUUGUUAAUUUGACAGCUUUCACUGCCUUCACUCCCCAAACACAUGUAACUGAAGUAUCAUCUCCAACACAAUCAAUAUUCGAUUCUCUUCGAGAACAAUAUUCAUUGUCGCUCACAUGUCCAUGUUCACAAGUAUCCAUUCCGAAUUCUGAAUUUCUUUUCAUACAACCAACCGCAUACCAUCAAGUAUGUUCUAGUUAUUUUGUUUCUUCGGAUUUUAUCAAUUCCAUCUGGGUUUCGGAUACGUCAUCCACAUUUGUUUUGUUCAAUGACGGAAAAGUCAUCAGUUCACAAUUUCGUCUUCUUUCAUUGUUAUGUUCGUUGGCAAAGAAUAUUACUGAGCAACAAAUGAACGUAUUCCUCGCUCAAAAAUUGGUAACGCUCGAGACACUUACAUGGCAAUCGUUUCAGACUCGAAUCGAUUCGCUUGUGAAUAAUUUCAUCAACGAAACGCCAGCUCGUUUUCAACAAUUGCAUGUAUACAUCAACGAUAUUCUGCAUGCUAAUCAAUUACACAAUCUAUUCUUUACCAAUUGGAAUUUGAAAGAAUCAUCGGCAAAAGAUGGAUAUUAUAUAUUGACAAAUUCAAUAUUAUACAAUGAGACUGGUCAGCCGUGCUCAUGUGAUGUUUCACCCACAUGUUCCCGAUCUAUACUCGUCAAUGGCAAGAAAAAAGAGAAUUUCACAGGUUUAGUAUGCGGCUGCCUACCUAUAUAUGGUCUUCGACAAUCAACUCUCGAAUGUUUCUAUGACAUGACAUGUUUGAAUAGAUUAUUUUCGUUCAUUAGCACUGCGUCUGUUGCAGUACCUUUGAAUCUGUCGAUUAGCAUUUGCUUUACACCGAUCGCAUCGGUUCCGAUUGGUACAUUAAUUGACGAAUUGUUCAUCGAGUCGUGGUCCAAUACGAGUAAUUAUUCAAGUUAUUGCUCACGAUGUGCACCACUAACAUGCCGAUAUACGCACGUGGAUCAAAUCAAUCUUGUGUAUAUGAUAACAACUUUUUUGGGUUUUUAUGGUGGAUUGACAAUCGGUCUGAAGUCUAUUGUUUGGUGUAGUUUAUCUUUGUAUUGGAAAGCACAACAUUGGUUUAUCGUUCGUCGAACUACUGUCGAGCCAGCGCACGGUUCUAUAUGGAGAAUAUCCUGA